UAAACGCUCUGCGGGGUCAAGUUUGAGCGAUAGCGUGAUAACCCAGUACAUUCGUCGCCGUCUGCAUUCAUUUCGGCACUUCACACGGGCUAGCUUUGGUCAUCAUCGACGUCGUUCAAUCUUCGUUUUGGAUUUCAUCUCAUUUUGUGAUUUAAUUAUCAUCUUUGACGAUGCCUAACUUCAAACUCACAUACUUCGAUGCACGUGCCAAAGGAGAACCAGCCAGGAUGCUGUUUCACCUGGUGGGUCAAAAAUAUGAAGAUAUUCGCUAUGACUACGUGGGAGAGGAGUGGCCGAAGAUAAAGGGAGACAGGAAGAGUAAGGACUAUGCCACAUUUUUAAUCACAUACAAAUAUCAUUCAUCAAAAGCUUAUGUGCAUAUCAAAUAUGCACCUGGCUAUACUGUGACCACAACCAAAGCUACCAAGGGAUUUCCACUCGGUCAGCUCCCAGUACUGGAUGUAGACGGCGAGCUUCUGACUCAGAGCAGAGCUAUAUACCGCUAUAUUGCGCGUCAAUUCCCAGGUGAUUACUACGGGAAGAACAACCUGGAAUGUGCCCGAAUUGAUGAAAUCCUUGGGAUUGUGGCUGACAUUGAGGUGGUUGUCGAACCAGCCUACGAGACACCCGAUGCUGCUAAAAGAGAAGCUGAUCUCGUCAAGUGUAGAGACAGUACUCUGAAGCCUUCUUGGGAUUUCUUCUCUGAGUCUCUUCAGAAAGCAGGAGGAAAAUACUUUAUGGGAAACCGGAUAACCAUAGCCGAUGUGGUCAUCUUCAACAUAAUAGAUUUCUUCCUGGACACCAUUUUUGGUCUCAAGACCUACUUUGAAUCCUACCCGACCCUCCUCAAAUUCUACGAGUCAAUCAAGAAUGAUUCUCCACUCACACAGUACCUGAAGGACCGAAAGAAGACCAAAUAUUAAAUCAACUUUCUGAAAGCACGAUAUCCCGGUUGCGAAUUAUUUUGAAUCCCGGUCGAGAAUUGCCUAUUGCAUGUUGAAAUUAAAUAUGUUGAUUUUUCGAUAUAGAAGUUUUUUAAAAAGAUGCUUUAAGAGAAAAGAGAGAUUAACAGUGUCUUAUUGAAUUUGGUAGGAGUUCAAACAUCUUGUCCAUGAUGUCUUACUGACUUUAGGGCUAACAUUAUUUUAGGAGUUUCUAAGUGAUAAUUAUUUGAACGACGGGUGGGAUAUGUGUGAAUGUGUGAGUUUAAACCAUAAAUGUUGUGAAAUAGGGAUGGGAGUUGAUUAUGAGAAUACUUAUACAAAAACAUGCUUGUCUGUAAAUGGUGAAUAUCUUGUAAUUUGUAAUGUUUUUAAAUGAUGAAUUAAUGGUUCGUUGUGUAAUGAAUAAUUUGAGUUAGUAAUCAUGCGAAUCUCUCGUUUUUGCAGCAAAAAUAAUGAAUUCAAUAAAUUUGAAAAUUAUAUAAUGCAGUCUUAGAUC